UAAAAUAUAAAAAUUAAAGAAAUUGAUUUUUUUCUUAAUUUUGUAAUUGAGACGGCACAUACACUUUUUCUUACCAAAACACAAUGGAAUCGGAAUUUUUAAAACUUAUGGACGAAAGAAAAAAUGCGAGACAUUUUUCUCGAUUAAAAAAUCCUCUAGAAAAAUCACUACAGUUUGGUUCCAUCGUGGAAAUUCAAGAUAUCCUCCGUGAAAAAUAUGCAGCAACGUUAUCACCAGAAAAUGAUUGGGCGAAGAAAUGUAGACAAAUUAUAAAUAUUUGUCUGGACAAAAAACUUAACGUUAACAUGAAAAGCACAUAUUAUUUUGCUUUAUUACAAUUUGUGAUAAAACAUCUCGACGAAGAUUUUGAAUCAGUUUUCAAGAAAUGCGAAAAAUUUAAUAUUAAUGCUUGUAAUUAUCUAUAUAAUAACUACGGGACAAAGUCUUUACUGCAUUUUGCGAUAAAAUUAAGAAAACAGAAUGUAGUGAAAAUUCUAAUAGAAUUUGGUGCAAAGGUUGAUGUAAGAGACGGCAAUAAACAAACACCUUUAUUUCACGCCGUUCAAACUAAACAAACAGAAAUAGCAGAAAUGCUUCUAAAAGCGGGAGCGAAUGUUAAUGCGAAAGAUUAUUGUAAUAUGAUGCCAAUUAAUUUUGCUUUUGGCGAAAGAGAAGAUACUAGUAGCAAUGAAAAAUACAAACCCUCGAAGUUGGUGACGCUCUUGUGUUCGUAUGGAGCUGAGUUAAAUUUCAAAAAUUGUGGUUCCGGAAAUACAUUGGUUGCUGCUUGCGAAAUUGGCAAUUUAAAAGAAAUGGAAUUUUUAAUUGAACAUGGAGCUGAUUUAUUGUCUACUGAUGAGUACGGCAGAACGGCAAUAAAUCGUGCAGCCAUAAAAUAUAAUUACAAUAUUGUCGAUUUUCUAUUACGUCAGGGUGUUGAUAUUAAUGUUAAAGAUAUCGAAUACCAAAAUACUAUUCACGAACUAUCAAAUACUAAAGCGAACAUUAAGAGAAUGAUUGCAAAUGCUGGAGACAACACCUAUGAAGCUAUUAGCGUCGAUUGGAAUUUAAAUUUUAUAAGCGAUGAAGUGAAAAAAUCGGCAGAGAUGAUAGAAUUUUUAACGGAUAAUGGCGCAGAUAUAAAUAGUUUAGAUUAUCAAGAAGUUACUCCUUUGAUGAUAAGCGUUGAAACUGAUGCUCUUGAAAUUACUGAAUGCCUUUUGGAGUUAAAUGCCACAAUUUACGAGCACAAAGUAUUUUUCAUGAGAGGUCGAAUGUUUCCUCAUGUUCUUGAAACGACCGAUUUUUCUUCUAAUGGAAUUAAUACGUGGGCAGUAAUAACAGCAUAUUCAGCACUUAAAAAUAUUUCUGCUUAUGAAAAGUUUCCAUCUGAGCAUUUUAAAUGGAUUCAUAGCUUAUUUGAGGAGUGCAAAGAAGAAGUUAUUAAAAUGCGAGGAAAAAAAAUAUGGGCUGAUAGAAAAGUUUCAUUCUUCGACUUUCUAAAUAAAGAUUUGAUGGAUGUGACAAAAUUUUUCAGAAAUUGUGAAAUAAUGUCUGUUUUGAAAUCUGACAAAUAUGACGAAUUUCCAUGUUACGCAUAUUUGUUUGAAAAGCGUAUGGAGAGAGUGCAGAAGAUGAAACAUUGUCAGAAUGUUUUUAUACGUUUUCUGAAAGAGUUUUUUAAGAGAAAUUUACCAACCGUGGCAGUUGAUAAAAUUAUGAAUUACUUGACAGCUGGAGACCUUCGCAAUUUUGGAAGAGCGCUCUGCAUAACGAAAAAAACACCUAAUCAGCCAUCGAUAUUACUGUAUCCUAAUCCGAUGGCGUAUUCAUUAUAUUAUUACAAUCGCACAAUGGAAUCAGAAUUUUUAGAAAUUAUGGACGAAAAAAAAAAUGAGAAAAGUUUUGUUCGAGGCAAAAAUCCUCUGGAAAGAGCAUUACAAUUUGGUUCCAUCGUGGAAAUUCAGGAUAUCCUCCGUGAAAAAUAUGCAGCAACAUUAUCACCAGAAAAUGAUUGGGCGAAAAAAUGUAGACAAAUUAUAAAUAUUUGUCUAGACAAAAAACUUAAUGUUAACAUGAAAGAGACAAAUUAUUGUGCCUUAUUACAUUUUGUGAUGAAGCAUCUCGACGAAGAUUUUGAAUCAGUUUUCAAAAAAUGCGAAAAGUUUGAUAUAAAUGCUUGUAAUAAUCCUUUUUAUAUGAUCGAUAUAUAUAUAUCAUCCGAGUUAAUGUCAUUACUGCAUUUUGCGAUAGAAGAAAGAAAACGGAAUGUAGUGAAAGCUUUAAUAGAAUUUGGUGCUGAUGUCGAUGUAAAAGACGGCCUUGAACAAACACCUUUAUUUUACGCCGUUAAAACUAAACAAACAGAAAUAGCAGAAAUGCUUUUAAAAGCGGGAGCGAAUGUUAAUGCGGAAGAUUCUAAUAAUAUGAUGCCAAUUAAUUUUGCUUUUGGCGAAAGAGAAGAUACUAGUAGUAAUGAAAAAUACAAACCCUCGAAGUUGGUGACGCUCUUGUGCUCAUAUGGAGCUGAGUUAAAUUUCAAAACCAAUGGUGGCGGAAAUACGUUGGUUGCUGCUUGCAAAAUUGGCAAUUUAAAAGAAAUAGAAUUUUUAAUUGAACAUGGAGCUGAUUUAUUGUCUACUGAUGAGUACGGCAGAACGGCAUUAAAUCUUGCAGCCGUCAAAUAUAAUUACAAUCUUGUCGAUUUUCUAUUAUGUAGAGGUGUAAAUAUUAAUAAUUAUAAUUACGAGGGGGGAAGUGUUAUUCAACACCUGUCAAAAAUUGUAGAUAACAUUAGAGAGGCGACUUUUCGUAAAAGAGACAAUUCCUAUGAAGUUAUUAGUAUUGAUUGGAAUUUAGAUUUUAUAGGUGAUGAAGUGAAAAAAGCGGCAGAAAUGAUAGAAUUUUUAGCUGAUAAUGGCGCAGAAUUAAAUACUUUGGAUGAUGAAAACAUUACUCCUCUAAUGACAAGCAUUCGUUUUAAUGCUCUUGAAAUAACCGAAUGCCUUUUGGAAUUAAACGCCAAACUUUACUAUAAUGACGAUCAUCCGAUUUAUGUUUGUGACGGUUUCAACAGUAACGUAGAUACAGAAUUUCAUUCUAAUAACAUUACUACCUGGGUACUAUUAACAGCAUUUUUAGCACUUAAAAAUAUCGAUAUUAAAAACUAUAGUUAUUCACAAUAUAUAAAUUUUGAUUCGGUCUUUUCCUUUUAUGAAAAGUGCAAAGAAGAAAUAAUUAAAAUGGAAGAAAGAAGAAUAUGGGCAGAUCGAGAAGUUUCAUUUUUUGACUUUCUAAAUGAAGAUUUGUUGAAGGUGACAAAAUAUUUCAGAAAUUGUGAUGUAAUGUAUGUUUUGGAAUCUGACAAAUAUGACGAAUUUUCAGGUUACAAAUAUUUGUUUGAGAAGCGGAUACAGAGAGUUGAGAAAAUGAAAAAUUGUCAGAAUGUUUUUAUUCGUUUUAUGAAAGAGUUUUUUAAGAGAAAUUUACCAAGUGUAGUAAUUGAUGAAAUAAUGAAUUACUUAUCAGCUGGGGAUUUUCGCAACUUUGGAAGAGCGUUGUGUAUAACAGAAAAAUCACCUAAUGGAAAAUAUUUCAUUUAAAUAGUUUAUUGUUUAUGAAAAAUAAUUUCAUACAUUACAACAAAACAUUCACGUUAAGAAAAAGUAUUGUUGACAGUAUUUUUCUAAUCUUUUGAUAAUUACUACUUUUAGUAC